UUUUUUUUUUUUUUUAAAGAGGACAAGAAGGACUAAAAAUAUCAACUUUUGCUUUUGGACAAAAAUGCAUCUGACUGUGUUUUUACUUAGGGGUAUUGUGGGUUUCAUCUGGAGCUGCUGGGUUCUCGUGGGUUAUGCAAAAGGAGGUUUGGGAGACAAUCAUGUUCACUCCAGUUUUAUUUAUAGACGACUACGGAACCAUGAAAGACGGGAAAUACAGAGGGAAAUUCUGUCUAUCUUGGGUUUGCCUCACAGACCCAGACCAUUCUCACCUGGAAAACAAGCGUCUUCUGCGCCUCUCUUUAUGCUGGACCUGUACAAUGCCAUGGCCAAUGAAGAAAAUCCUGAAGAGUCAGAAUACUCAGUCAGGGCAUCCUUGGCUGGAGAGACCAGAGGGGCAAGAAAGGGAUACCCAGCCUCUCCCAAUGGCUAUCCUCGUCGUAUUCAGUUAUCUCGAACGACUCCUCUGACCACCCAGAGUCCUCCUCUGGCCAGCCUACAUGAUACCAACUUUCUGAAUGAUGCCGACAUGGUCAUGAGCUUUGUCAACUUAGUUGAAAGAGACAAGGACUUUUCUCACCAGCGAAGGCAUUAUAAAGAAUUUCGGUUUGAUCUUACUCAAAUUCCUCAUGGAGAAGCAGUGACAGCAGCCGAAUUCCGGAUUUAUAAGGACCGGAGUAACAAUCGAUUCGAAAAUGAAACAAUUAAGAUCAGCAUAUAUCAGAUCAUCAAGGAAUACACAAAUAGGGAUGCAGAUUUGUUCCUGCUAGAUACAAGAAAGGCCCAAGCUUUAGAUGUGGGUUGGCUUGUCUUUGAUAUCACUGUGACCAGCAAUCAUUGGGUGAUUAAUCCACAGAACAAUUUAGGCUUACAGCUCUGUGUAGAAACAGGGGAUGGACGUAGUAUCAACGUCAAGUCUGCUGGUCUUGUGGGAAGACAUGGGCCUCAGUCAAAACAACCGUUCAUGGUGGCCUUCUUCAAGGCGAGUGAGGUACUUCUUCGAUCUGUGAGAGCAGCCAACAAACGGAAAAAUCAAAACCGUAAUAAAUCCAGCUCUCAUCAGGACUCCUCUAGAAUGUCCAGUGUUGGAGAUUAUAACACAAGUGAACAAAAACAAGCCUGUAAGAAACAUGAACUCUACGUGAGUUUCCGAGAUCUGGGAUGGCAGGACUGGAUUAUAGCACCAGAAGGAUAUGCUGCAUUUUAUUGUGAUGGAGAAUGUUCUUUUCCACUUAAUGCCCAUAUGAAUGCCACGAACCAUGCCAUAGUUCAGACUCUGGUUCAUCUGAUGUUUCCUGACCAUGUACCAAAGCCUUGUUGUGCUCCAACCAAGUUAAAUGCCAUCUCUGUUCUAUACUUUGAUGACAGCUCCAACGUCAUUUUGAAAAAGUACAGAAAUAUGGUAGUUCGCUCAUGUGGCUGCCACUAAUCUUAAAUAAUGACAAUAUCAAAAGUAUCUGUAUUAAGGUUUAUAAUUGCAAUAAAAAACAUAUUUUCAGACAAAAGGGGAAUUUCCUACAAUUAGUCUGGCUCAUUUCAUCGCUUUAUCUAUGUACAAUGUCAUGUAUAUAGUCAUUUUUAUUUAUUUAAAGGUAUAUAUUCUCCUCAUGAUUGCCUUAUCAAUAAAACCUAUUUUAGAGGUCACUACAUUGUACAAUAGAACACCCAGUCUAACUUUUAUGUUUUAUGCUGAGCCCAAUUCAACUCCAUUUCAACAUUUUUAAAUACAAUUUUUAUAUAAUUUUCUGAGAUUAAACAGAACCCCUUUGUCUGUUUAAUAUUGUUGAAGGAAAUUGAAUACAUUUGGUUAUAUUGUGCCAAUGAAAACUAUGAUAGGGUAUUUAUUUAGAAAUAAAACUUAAAAAAAAAACAAACAAAAAUGCUUGGAUAAAUACAAUUUU